AUGGAGGAUCAACUUCAUUCUUCUACUUCAGACACCCACCGUGACUGGUGGAAGUUCUUUUGGAGUUUAAAUUUGCCACCAAAAAUACGUAUCUUCGCUUGGAAAGUCCUUCAAAAUGUGGUCCCUGUAGCUGCUGCUCUUUUUAAGAAAAAAAUCAUUGAUUCAGCUGCUUGUUCUCUUUGCCCUUCAUGUUGGGAGUCCAUAGGACAUGUACUUUUUGGAUGUCAUCAUGCUAAAGCAGUAUGGAAGGAUUCAAAAUUCACAAUAGACUUUCACAAAGCUCAGUCCAUGUACAAGGGGGAGUAUCUACACCAUCUUUCUGCUGUAUAUAAUCAAGAGGAUUUUGAGCUUUUUAUUUGUCUAAUGUGGGGAAUUAGGACUAACAGAAAUAAAGUGUUUCAUGGUGGGAAACCACGCCUGAGCUCUUCUAUAAUUGCCUAUACCACUUGUUUCUACAAUGACUACAACCGAGCCAAAAAAUCCUCCAAACCAGCUGCUGCAACAGACCAGAUUUUGAACAACCAGUCCUCCAUGAAUUCAGCGUUGCAGCAACAGGUUCCAUGGUCUCCUCCCAGCAUUAAUGUAUUGAAAUUAAAUGUAGAAGCAACCACCAAUUUGGAACAAAAAAAACUAGGAAUUGGUGCUAUCAUUCGAGAUCAUGAUGGAAUGGUUGUGGCUGGUUUUUCGAAAGUUGUUCAAGGCAGCUUUAGAUCUGAUGAGAUGGAAGCAAAAUCUUUUUUUCAUGUUCUCAAUUGGGUAUCUCAAUUACAACUGUCUAUAACGCAUAUUGAGAUAGCUGCCUUGAGAGUUUCUACUGCAUAA